AUGUCCAAAAGAAUCAAAAAUGUGUCCAUCUCCGUUCCUAUUCUAUACGGAAAUAGUGCUAAGCGCUUGAGUCCCGAAAAACGCACAGAAACUACUCCACCAGACCAUACCCAUGAAUGGACGGUCUUUUUGAAGCCAGUACUUGGAAACAUUGAUUUGACACCACUCAUAAAGCGAGUUACUUUCAAACUCCAUGAAACUUACGAUACCCCGGUGCGGUCUGUUGAGCAACCGCCAUACCAAGUGACGGAGACAGGUUGGGGAGAAUUUGAGAUCAUCAUCAAGAUCCAUUUUCAUGGUGGCUCUGAGUUGGGAAUCAAUGAGAAGAAUUUCCAGAUAUUCCAUGCGUUGAAACUUCAUCCGUACAAUCCACAGGCACCGCCACGAGAGAAUGGUGAGGUUUACUCUGUGCUUUUCGACGAGUUGGUGUUUCAGGAACCAACCGAGGCAGUUUUCGAGAUUCUCACAUCCAAACCGCUGAACUUGCUUCCAUAUAAACUCACCGAUCCCGAGAAGAGAGACCAGGAGUUCCUUCGGACCGACGAAUCCGACGAAAUUGCCCGUAUGGAUGUGUAUAUUGCCAAAGUCAAAGAUGAGAUCGAGAAACAGAGAAACGAGUACAAGGAGUUGGAACAACAGAAGUUGGCGCUCCUACAGUGA